UUUAGCUUCUAGUCGCUGAUUUCAGUAGAAGACAUUUUGUAUUGAAAACUCAACGAGUAAAGAGCAAAUCAUAAUAUAAACGUAAAUACUCUUGAAGGAGCAAGUUGUGAAAAUCUAGUGAAGUCUGGAAUUUGGAAAAUAUAUUAUAUACUUAAUUGCAGUAAUAUUAACUAACUAAAAUAUAAACAUGAAGUUUCAAUAUAAGGAAGAUCAUGCAUUUGAGAAGCGACGUGCCGAAGGUGACAAAAUACGCAGGAAGUACCCAGACCGUGUACCAGUCAUUGUGGAGAAGGCGCCAAAGGCACGCAUUGGUGAUUUAGAUAAGAAAAAGUAUUUGGUGCCAUCUGAUUUAACAGUUGGUCAAUUCUACUUUUUAAUUCGCAAGCGUAUACAUUUGCGUCCCGAAGAUGCACUCUUCUUUUUCGUCAACAAUGUAAUUCCACCAACAUCGGCCACUAUGGGAUCGCUAUAUCAGGAACAUCACGAAGAGGAUUAUUUCCUGUACAUUGCCUAUUCCGAUGAGAACGUAUAUGGCAAAAAUUAAGUUGCAUUCACAUUUUGGGGGAAGAGGCGCGUAUUGCGGCAAAUGAAAAUUUGUGAUUGAGUUGCUGUAUUACGAAUAUUAAAAUUAAAUAAUACAAAAAAAAA